AUGGCAUCAUGGAUARUACCAUGGCUGAACAACUUACUUGAUCACAAUGGCGAAUCACAACAAACAACAAACGCAAAGGAGAAUUCAACAGAAAAGGAUUUCGAAAAGUUACUCGAGAAGCACAGACAAGAAAAGACUUUAGCGCCCUAUUUUGUAACUCCAGAGAUUUGCAACGAGUACAAAGACACUGUUAGCGAAUUGGGAUUUUCGCUGUUCGACGCCCUGCAAGCUGGACUUGCCGACUCYAAGAAAAACCUUCACAAUAUCGGCUUCUUGGCAGCAGAUGCGCAUGCUUAUAACCUCUAUCAGAAGGUUUUAAAACCACUAAUUGCAAGCAUUAAUCUUAUUAAUCCACGCACUGUUCGUGUAAAUAUCUAUUCCAGGAAAUUUGAUGUUGGAAAGUUGAGAAAUUUGGAGAAUCUAGAUACAAGUUACAUAGAGUGUUGUAGAGUGAGGGUACUGCGUUCACUGCGCAGAUUUCCAUUUUCAUGGUCAUGUAAUGAAAGUCAAAGGAGAAAAGUGGAAGAAAUUGUCAAAUCAGCGUUCUCCAAGCUUAAAGAGUCACAAACCUCGUAUUACAUCCGCCUUUCUGACCACAGUCAAGAAGCAAGACUUAAACUAAUGAAAAAACAUUGCAUCUUCACACGAAACGUUGACACCRCAGACCCUGCCUGGACAACGGGACGCAGUCUUCUCUGCGGAAGCGUAGGAAGUCCAGUCAUUGUGGUCAACGASSCUGAACAUAUCAAAGUUAUCAUUCAGAAAAAAGGAGCGGAUGUUUUUAGUGCUUUCAGAAAACUUUAUGAUUUUCUGGAGAAACUGGAGCGUUUACUAAGUGAGGACGGGCACGAGUUUGCCUUUGAUGAUUACUAUGGCUACCUGACGUCAAGCCCGAGGGAGACUGGUACUGGACUACGAGUCAGUGUGAUUGUAAAGCUACCUUUGUUGGCUAAGGACCAACGAUUUCCAUUCAUAUUGCACCGUCUUCUUCUGGAGGACAAUAUUCUAGGUUUUGGGAUUUACAAUGUACUAGAACUGUCAAAUUACAGAAGAGCAGAUGGCAAUGAGGUUGACAUACUCCACGCAUUCCUCUCUUCCGUACACUGCCUCAUCUCAAUGGAGAAGUUGCUUGAGAAUGGAUWCAAGAUUGAUUCGAUUUUACCGAAGCUUUUUAUCAACACAGGCCCUGGAAGAACACGAGCAUAACUGCAAAUAUCACUAAAGCUCGGCUUUUAU